AUGGUGUUCGUUAGAGGUAACCUAUCCGAGGAGCAAAGAGCGAAAAUUGAAGCGAAUAGGAAGAAAGCGAUUGAAAGAUUGGAACAAAGGAAGAAUAACAGCAAUCCCUCAAGCUCUAGCAGUAAUGCUACUACAGUGUUGACCGGCCCGACUUCAAAAUCUUCCGGAGUAUCUACAUCUUUACCAGCUUCUGUAGUACCGGCGAAUAAUAGGGCAGCACCACCAGCGCCUACCCCACAACCAUUGAAGAGGCCAAGAAUUGAGCUAACAGCCGAACAAAGGAAAAGGAUUGAAGAAAACCGUCAAAAGGCACUUGAAAUUCAAAAGAAGAAGGAAUUAAAUAAUAGAAAUGCUGCCAAAUCCGUUUCAGAACCGAUAGCGCCUUUUACAAAUGUUCGACUUCAAAAGGAAACGUUGGAUAACCAUAACGGAAACACCAAUAAAACUACAGCAAGUAUACGACCUCAUAUAAAGAUGAAGGACUAUAUUGAGUAUGAUUUCUCCACCAUGAAGGAUUCGCAUGGUGGGUUUAUUGAUGUGGAUGAUAAUUUAGUUGGAUCUGGAUCGUCUGAUGCAACUUUACAGCUGUUAGAAGAUUGGAGAGAAAGACAGAGAAUAGCACAAGUUGUAAGAGAAGCACCUCCACCGAUGGAUAUACGAAAUGCACCAAAAUGUUAUGAGUGUGGAUCUAUUGAGAUAGACCAGUAUAUCUAUGACAAUUUCAGAGAGAUUAGGGUUUGUAGGCCGUGUGCCAAAAAAAAUCCGGACAAGUAUUCUCUACUUACCAAGACUGAAUGUCGGGAAGAUUAUCUAUUGACCGAUCCAGAAUUGAAAGAUGUAGCCUUACUUCCCAGAGUUGAGAAGCCCAAUCCUCAUGGGUUCUCAAGAAUGCAGCUAUUUUUGAGGUACCAAGUGGAAAAGUAUGCUUGGAAGAAGUGGGGGUCUGCCGAGAAGUUAGAUGAGGAAUGGGAAAAGCGUGAAUCAGUAAGAAUUCAAAGGAAGGAGAAGAAAUAUGAAGAAAAGUUGAAGGAGAUGAGGAAAAGGACCAGAGCUGAAGAGUAUACUAGGAAGUUGAGAAAUGGUGAAUCAUUGGGCCAUAGACAUGUGCAUGACUGGAGUGAGCCGAUUACUGGGGUGGAAGUAGGCACAUUGAGAAGAAGGUGUAUUGAUUGCGGAUUGGAGACGGAAGAGCUAUUAUUGUGA